AUGCGGAACGAACAAAGGCUUCAGCAAAAUUGGAUGAGGCAGGAUGGGGAAUGUGAAUGCCGAAAACUCGUGAAGAUGCGCCAGCUAUAUCCUACCCAGUGUCUUGAGCAAACAGGGAACUCAGAGGUCUCCUCCACUCACCCACAGCAGUUGCAGUUGACAAGCAGGCAGCUUGAUGACCCAAAUGGUAGCUUUUCCAGUGCUGAGAUGAGUGAACUGACGCUGGCUCAGAAACCAGAAAAGCUGUUGGAGCCCUGAAAGUCUUGGCCUGCUUGUAAAAAUGGGGAUGAGUGUGCUGACCAGCAUCCCAUUUCACCUUGCAAAGCCUUCCCCAAUUGUAAAUUUGCUGAAAAAAGUUUAUUUUGUCAUCCAAAUUGUAAAUAUGGUGCAAAGUGUAAGAAACCAGAUUGUCCUUGCAAUUGUAUGAGUAGAGGAAUUCCAGUACCGCUUCCGAAACCAGCAGUUACAACACCAAUGCCACCUUCUAGUAGUCAGCUCUGCCAUUACGUCCUGGGUUGUAUAAAAAUGAAAUGUACCUUGUAUCAUCCAAAGCACUAUAGAUUUAACAUUCAGUAUACCAGACCAGACUUCACAUUUUACCAUCCUGCCAUUACUGUACUGCCACAACACGCCUUCGAAUGGAUUCAACCUCAAACCAGUGAAUGGCAUCUAGUCCUGCACAGCAGAAGAUCAGUUUGA